CAGCUUUACCGCGUAAUUUCUUAUCCUGACUCCUAACAGCGGCUUAAUUUAAAUAACCAACAUUAACUCGUAAUCCUAUUUUGAGCCGGAUUUUAGUGUCGACCACAGAAGAUUCUAGUCUAAUCUCGUCAAAUCCAACUUAACUCUAUCCUUUCAAAGAUCCAUUCGUGAGUAAAAUCCAAACGCGUAUAGAAGAUGGUUGAGGUUAACGAUGGUCGCCAUUUUAAAAAUCCUUACCAGGAUUAUAUGCCUGGAGACCAGCUUAAAGUACUUUCAGUAUUUACUUGUGCACCACGUUCCAGGUGGGAGAUACAAACAUCCCAAACAAAAUUGUCGAACUGUUAAAUGUUCUGAAUUCGAAUUUCGAGAAGUUAUCGUCGUCUGACGUAUCAAUGUACACGGGCUUAUCAGGUGUUGGACUGUUCUACAAUUUCCUAUCACAAUGCAAAUGUGAAUUAUUAGACAGAAAGAUACGUGAAAAUGGUGUUGUAUGUACAGAGAAGUUGUUAAAUCGAUGUCUACGUCAUAUCGACUUGAAGAAGUUAUCUAAAAAUAUCAGUGUUUACACUAGCCCGAUUGGUCCAUUGUGUUUAGGUGCUUUAUCAUCAGUCAAGCAUGGAAGUGAGAAUACAGAGGCAAAGAAGUUCGUAGAAGACAUUUUGUCAGCGAGUAAAUAUGGCUUGGAUGUGGACUGUGGGAUGCCUGAUGAAGCGUUAUACGGACGUACUGGCUAUCUAAAUUGUUUGAUAACACUUCGAGAAAAUAAUUUCGACAUCCCUGUUUCUGUUGUCUCGUCGAUAACAGAUGCUAUAUUGAAGUCGGGUCAGAAAACAGCUGGUGCUUACAAAUCGAAUGGUUUUUAUAAUCGAUUGAUGUAUCAGUCAUCGAAAAGAGAUUUGUGCAUGCCACCGUUGAUGUUCGAAUGGCAUGAUAAAUGUUAUCUUGGUGGAGCACAUGGUUUUGCUGGUAUCUUGACUACUCUACUGAAGGUAUAUCGUUUGUUUCCUGGUAGCAUAUCAUCACAUUCCUUAAACCAGUUAAUUCUACCUACUGUUGAUUGGAUGAGUCAACUUCAGAUAAUCAGCGGAAAUUGGCCUUCUAGUUUAGGGGAUAGCUUAAAUCGUGAUGUAUUAGUUCAUUGGUGUCAUGGUGCAACGGGUGUUAUUCCACUUAUGCUCUCAGCUCAUAAAAUUACAGGUGAAAAUAAAUAUUUGAAGUGUGCAUUAGAUGGAGGAGAAGCUGUAUGGACUCGUGGUCUACUUCACAAAGGCUGUGGUCUAUGUCACGGUUCAGCUGGUAGUGGUUUCGCUCUAUUAGAGAUUUAUCAAACAACUCAAGAUCCCAAAUAUUUGUAUAGAGCUAUAAAGUUCGCUGAAUGGUGUACCGACUGUUUUAAAAAUGCUACUCGCGUUGCUGAUCGUCCGUACUCACUUAUGGAAGGUCUUGCUGGGACACUGUACUUCCUUGUUGGUAUUUUGGAUCCAGUUAAUUCGAAGUUUCCUCUACUAAGUGGAUUGUGAAUAGAAAGAAACAAUGAUUUUAUUUAUAUCUAUUCAACUAACUUUGUCUGUCAUUUUGUACUCGCAUCUAUUUGUUCAUCAUUCACUUAGUUUAUGAGAAAAUGUUAUUUGAGUCUCGUGUCUGCCGAAUAGUUCACAUUUGUUUUAACGAUAUUAUAUUCAGUGUAUUUUGUGUUGUAUACUCUGUUUAGUCUAAACCCGUGUGUGAAAAUGCCAGUUUAAGGCAUACUGUGUAUAUUUAACGGUGUUGAUUGUUUGAAUAUUUGAUGAGCAUCGUACUGUG